CCUACCUUCCCCCAGAUCAAGCGGUCUCUCACCUUUUUUCUUUUUUCUUUCCACUCUCAUCUUCAAUCUCAUCUUCACUCCAACCACCACCGCUCGCCUAUUUCAUUACCACCUACCUUACAUUGCUAUUUCAUACCACUGCCAAUCAAGAUGGCUCCAGUCACCAUUUGGAACGAUGAGGCCCGAUCUGACCUUUUGGUUGCGCUUCUGUCGGUCAUCAAGCCCUCUAAAGAGGACUGGGAUCGCGUUCUACCUAUAGUCCAUGCCAAGGGCUAUGUCUACAACGCCAAUGCUGUCACGCAGCACAUCCAGAAGCUCCAGCGCAAGGAGCUUACCGCCGGCGACGGCGGCGACGGUGAGGCAUCUGCCUCCGCCACUCCGAAGAAGGCUGGCAAGAAGGCUGCUACCCCCAAGAAGGCCGGUACCCCCGCUACCCCCAGAAAGCGCAAGACUCCCGCCAAGUCCAAGUUUAAGGUUGAGGAGGCGGAUGAGGAGGACGAGGAGGACGAGCAGAAGGCUCCUCCUCCCAAGAAGCCGUGCACUCCUUCUCGCCCUAGCAUGAAGGACGAGGUCCCUGAGGCCACCAAGACCAAUGGUGCCAAGUUCGUCCCCGUCAACGAGGAGAUCUAGAUUCAUUCUUCGACCCUCAACACUAUCGAUUCGACCACAUCAACAUGGCAUUUCUAGGACGGUUUACUGGCUUUUCUGGAGUAUGAUAUGGGAGGCUUGGAUGAAAGAUACGUGGGGUUUGGCAGCAUUGGAUCUUGAUUUGAAGAUCAAUGGAACUGGCACAGGACUGGAGGUUAUCACCUCAUUGGGCAAUGCAUUUCGAGGCAGGUCAUGAGAUACCUGCGGAUACGGGAAAUUAACACUGAAAAUUGAGAAGAC